AACAUCAUGAGCGUUUCAGUUAGCAAUGCCCAAAGAUGAAAGGCGUGAUCCCCUCCUGGCGGAGCACGAUGGCCUAGAUGAGGCGGAAUCCCAAUCCCUCCUCUCGGCAUCGAUCGGCGAAGGAGACGACCUGGUGGUUCAUCCAGACCCAGCUACUCCGCCUUUGCUCCCUCCCUCUCUCAACCCCCCUAACAGCAAGCGCCAGUCCUCGAUCUCGCAACCUGCACCUGACGGACAGCGCCGCCCACCUCGAACAACAAACCGGGUUCGUUUCGAUCUCGAUCUCGACGAGGAUGAAGAAUUGGAGACCGGCGGCCACAUGGAUGGCCCUCCUCACAGCCCCCGUGAUUCGUCAUGGCUGGAUGAUGAGGAUUUCGAGCACGCCGAUUUGAAUAGGGCAGAGAGGGGCCAUAUGGUGCCAUUAUUGACGGAUAUUGAAGCUCCGAGUGUGACACUUGCAACUUAUGACGAUUGCUUUCCCGAAGAUCAUCUCGAAAGCGCGCGACCAAGAAGCGGAUUGCGGAUGGCAUUCAUGAACAUGGCGAAUAGCAUCAUCGGGGCAGGGAUCAUCGGGCAGCCAUAUGCCCUGCGGCAGGCGGGCAUAACAACUGGGAUUCUGCUUCUGAUUGUACUGACUUUCACUGUGGACUGGACCAUUCGCUUGAUCGUGAUCAACUCCAAGCUGAGCGGCGCCGAUUCCUUCCAGGCAACUAUGCAACACUGUUUUGGGAAGAGUGGACUGAUUGCAAUUUCCAUUGCUCAGUGGGCGUUUGCUUUUGGGGGUAUGAUUGCAUUUUGUAUCAUUGUCGGUGAUACCAUUCCACAUGUUUUAGGGGCAUUAUUCCCAUCUCUGCGCGAUAUGUCGUUCCUCUGGCUCUUGACCGAUAGAAAGGCUGUAAUCGUUCUCUUUGUUCUUGGUGUAUCAUACCCCUUGUCGCUGUAUCGGGAUAUUGCUAAGCUAGCAAAAGCCUCCACUCUCGCGUUGAUCAGUAUGGUAGUUAUCGUGGCUGCGGUGAUCACACAAGCCUUCCGUGUACCCCCGGAAUUGAGGGGUGACGUUAAAAAACUCCUUUGGAUUGAUUCUGGGUUUUUUCAAGCAGUCGGCGUGAUUUCAUUCGCAUUCGUCUGCCAUCAUAACAGCCUUCUAAUAUACGGUUCCCUUAAGAAACCCACGCUAGAUCGCUUUGCCAAGGUCACUCACUAUUCGACAGGUGUCUCCCUCAUUAUGUGUCUGGUGAUGGGUAUCGCUGGUGUUUUGACUUUUGGUUCGAAUACACAGGGAAAUGUCCUGAACAACUUUCCCUCAGACAAUAUCAUGAUCAACAUAGCAAGAUUCUGUUUUGGCCUCAACAUGCUCACCACCCUUCCUCUAGAGGCAUUUGUUUGUCGAUCAGUGAUGACAACGUACUACUUUGCCGACGAACCCUUUAACGCAAAUCGACAUCUAAUAUUCACUACCUCUUUGGUUGUGUCAGCCAUGAUCAUGGCCCUCAUCACCUGCGAUCUGGGUGCAGUUUUCGAGCUCAUCGGCGCAACGAGUGCGGCCGCACUGGCUUAUAUAUUCCCACCUCUUUGCUAUAUCAAACUGAGCAAUGCCAGUCGAAAAGCCAAGAUACCUGCUUACGUGUGCAUUGUGUUCGGUGUUACUGUUAUGGUGGUGAGCCUGUUGCAAGCGCUUUCCAAGUCGAUCAACAAUGAGGGAGGCGCUCAGACGUGUGCUGCAUAGUAUCAGGCAAUAUGCGGUGCAACAAUAAUCUCAGCGUUCGAUUCGUGUAUACCCUUAGACCAAACACUUUGCCCAAUCCCUGCGGCCGGCUUUUUAUUGCAUCUUUGGAAUUUUCGAUCUUAGCAUUGAAGAAUUCCUCGUGUAUUUUAUCAUUUACAGGGCGUUAGAGUCAUGUUCCUUUUUUUCAGCAAAAUCAGUUUGUAUAGCUCAUCCACUACCGAAGACAUUUCCAUUGGUGAAUACUAUACUCUCCCACCUAGUUUUCAUCUUGACUUGGAUAGACUGAUUCCUCUGAAACAUCAUUCACUUACAAUUUAUUUUGAAGGUAUGUUGUUGAUCUCUUUAUCUUCAGCUCCUGGAGUAAAGAGUUUAGGGGUCACUGAGAUAUUUAGUAAAGGAACUACAAUUUAAGCACACUACCAA